AACUGUAUCUGUCAAAAUUUACAAUUUAUGUAUUUACACCUAAACAAUUAUCUAAAAAAAUCCCAUAUUGUCUAAAAAGUUGUUAAAAACGCGUCCAAAAAUGCAUAGAAGAGGUGGAAAACGGAUUCGGAUGGACGAGCCGCCCCCCGAGUACGACAGCCCCAUGACACCAGCGGUAGAUCAAGAUAAUUAUGGUCAUAACAGUAUGUAUACGGAAAAUUAUGGUGACCAAGGUGGUAAUUCUUCCUCAGAUGGCAUGUUCGAGUCCCCCCCAACACCUGGAUUACGCCGAAUAACUCGUUCAAAAGCAAAAGGUAUCACUGCGCCUCCCCCGAUAAUGAGCGCCAUGCAUUCACCACCUCAUCCAACAACAACGGGACGUGGAAGAGGCCGUGGACGACCACCAGGUCGUAAAAAUCAGCAUGUUGAACAUCCUGGUUCAGGCGAAGAUGAAACUGCUUUGUAUCAUAUUAUUCGGACAAGUAAAUCUAGUUUAACAAGUAUCGUUGAUGAUUGGAUUGAAAGUUAUAAAACCAAUAGGGAGCAAGCUUUGAAUUCAUUAAUGCAAUUUUUUAUUAAUGCUGCCGGGUGUAAAGGUAGGAUAACGCCGCAGAUGCAGAGUACUAUGGAACAUGCCAGUAUCAUUCGAAAAAUGACCGAGGAAUUUGAUGAAGAAAGUGGAGAGUACCCUUUGAUUAUGGCUGGUCAAAGUUGGAAAAAAUUUAGACAAAAUUUUUGCGAUUUUGUGCAAACUUUGGUUAAACAAUGUCAAUAUUCUAUUAUUUAUGAUCAGUAUUUAAUGGAUAACGUUAUUUCUUUGUUAACUGGAUUAUCAGAUUCACAGGUUCGCGCAUUUCGGCAUACAGCAACAUUAGGUGCAAUGAAACUAAUGACAGCAUUAGUAGAUGUAGCUUUAACAGUCUCAAUAAACUUAGAUAACACUCAAAGACAAUACGAAGCGGAAAGGCAAAAAACCCGCGAGAAACGCGCGAGUGAUCGUUUAGAAUCAUUGUUACAAAAACGUCAAGAACUUGAAGAAAAUAUGGAUGAAAUUAAAAACAUGUUAACGUACAUGUUUAAAUCAGUAUUUGUGCAUCGUUAUCGCGAUACUUUACCUGAAAUUCGAGCUAUUGCGAUGUCGGAAAUUGGGGUUUGGAUGCACAAAUUCCACGCGAAUUUCUUAGAUGAUUCGUAUUUAAAAUAUAUUGGUUGGACUUUACACGAUAAAGUCGGUGAGGUUCGAUUGAGAUGUCUUCAAGCUUUACAACCACUUUACGCUAGCGAAGAACUCAAAGGAAAAUUAGAACUUUUCACAAACAAAUUCAAAGAUCGAAUUGUCGCGAUGACUUUAGAUAAAGAAUACGACGUCGCCGUUCAAGCUGUUAAAUUGGUUAUUUCAAUUCUAAAACAUCAUCAUGAAAUUUUAACUGACAAGGAUUGCGAACAUGUCUAUGAGUUGGUUUAUUCUUCUCAUCGCGCUGUCGCUCAAGCUGCUGGAGAAUUUUUAAAUGAAAGGUUGUUUCAACCAACCGAUAUGGACGCAGGGAAAACAAAACGGGGUAAAAGACGAUUACCGAACACGCCGUUUAUAAGGGAUUUGGUUCAAUUUUUUAUUGAAUCGGAAUUGCAUGAGCAUGCUGCAUAUUUAGUUGAUUCAUUAAUUGAAUCAAAUACAAUGAUGAAAGAUUGGGAGUGUAUGACUGAUUUGUUGUUGGAAGAACCUGGACCGUUGGAGGAACCUUUGGAUAAUCGACAAGAAACAAGUUUAAUUGAAAUUAUGGUUUGUUGUGUGAAACAAGCCGCUACGGGGGAAGCACCAGUUGGAAGAGGGCCAACAAGAAAAAUUACUUCUUUGAGAGAAAUUAAACUGGCUGGAGAAGAUAAACAAAAGUUAACGGAACAUUUUAUUGUAACUCUUCCACCUUUACUUGAUAAAUAUUCAGCAGAUCCAGAAAAAUUAGCGAAUCUUUUAGCAAUUCCACAAUAUUUUGAUUUAGAUCUUUACACCAGUGGAAGACAAGAAGGAUCGCUCCAAGCUUUAUUAGCUAAGUUAAAACACAUCGCACAAGUACAUCAUGAACCAGAGGUGUUAGAAACUUGUGCAAAAACUUUAGAAAUACUUUGCACAGAGGGUCAUUCAAUUUAUACAAGAUGCGAUGUUUCCCGAUCUACAAUAAUCGAUAUGAUCGUCGCGGCUUAUAAAGAAGCUAUUGAUGAUUGGAGAAAUUUAUUAUUGGGGGAAGAAACCCCGAAUACUGAUGAAAUUUUUAGUGUGGUCAGUUCUUUAAAAAAGGUUGCGUUGUUUUAUGCUUCGCAUAAUUUGAAUCAGUGGAGUUUAUGGGAUUCUUUAUUUCAAGAUGUAAAGGAAUUAGAUAGUUCUUUACCACCGGAAGCUUUAAAAUAUUGUUUAAGUGCAUGUUUUUAUUAUUUACUUUGGGCAUUAAAAAGUCUUGAAAUAAUUCACGAAGGUGGAGGCUUAACAAACCAAGGUGUUCAAGAACUUCGUGAAAAUUUAGACACAUUCAUAGAAGCUGCUCAAGAUAUAAUCCGUUCUUCUCCUCACCAAAUCCUUCGCGAGGAAGCCUAUGUAGCCCUUUGCGAUUUAUUAAUAGUUUUCAGCGAACAACUACACAGUACAGCGCCGUUUUUGCAUGAAUUAAUUUGUGAACCAGACCGAAAUCUUCAAUUACUUUUAAAUGAAUUUGUUCAAACAUACGUUUUUACCCCCGAACAAGAAGGCGAUCAAGAUGAACAUCGUAUUGAAGAGUUACAUAAAAAAAGAAACUUUUUAGCCGCCUACAGUAAAUUAAUUGUUUAUAAUAUAAUGCCUACAAAAGCAGGAGCCGAUGUUUUUAAACAUUACGUUAAAUACUAUAACGAUUACGGCGAUAUAAUCAAAGCAACUUUAAGUAAAGCAAGAGAAAUUAAUAAAGUUAAUUGCGCUUUAACGAUGUGUUUAAGUUUAAGUAUGAUGUAUCAAAGUUUAAGCACAAACGGUGAAAGGGUUACGAGAAAUCACGAAGAAUUUUUCGCGUUAAAAGAAUUAGCGAAAAGAUUUGCGCUAUCUUUUGGUUUGGAUGCUGUUAAAAAUCGCGAAGCAAUUACCGCAUUACAUCGAGCGGGGAUUUUAUUCGCUGUGAGCGGAGCUGAAACUGUUGAAGAUCCCACUGGACCUCCACCGAAUCUUCCUUUUUUGGAGAUCAUGUCGGAAUUUACUAAUAAACUUUUAAAACAAGAUAAAAAAGUCGUUUUAUCCUUUUUGGAUCGAAGAAUAGCAACGGGAAUGCCGAGUAGUCGUGGUGAAGAUUGGCAACCUUUACUUGUAUAUAGAAAUUCUUUGGUUCAUGGUGAAACUGAUGUGUUUCCAACAACCAGUAAAAGAGCUUAUAGUAGGAAAAGAAAAGAUAUUGAUGAAGAUCAAGAUAGAGAUGAUAAUGAUUCUGAUACAGAAUUUCCUGGUAAUCUUUAUGGAUAAGUUUUAUUACUUUAUAUUGUUUUUUAAACGUUACAUUAAAAGAAUAAAAUAAUUAAGAGAAA